CUGGAUUCUUGUACCGUCGCAGAAGCGUCACGUUUAGAAUGUGGAGUGAAUAUGUUUCAAUGCCACAGUACAUCUCAGAUAAUCCUGAAUUGCAACUCAUGAAAUUCUUGAGGAUCAGUCAAGACUCUGAAACCACUUUUGAAACAUUUAGAAUGAAAUUUAUAUUCAAUUCCAAUUUGAUUCACAUAUUUGUGUUGAUUAAAAAUAAAAAUGCUUAAAACGCAUCAAAAUUAUUAUAUAAAUAAAUAACGUAUAAAUAAUUUCAAGGCUAAAUAAAUAUUUUAUUAAAGAUUAAAUAAUGGAACUGAUGAAGGUAAUUCAACAGGAAGAAACGUUUUCCUGCGCAUAUUCUUUUAUGUGAAUUUUAAUUUUUGCUGAAAUCAAAACUUCAAGAUGAUCAUUUGAAUGCUGGUGGCGAAAGAAUACAACUGAGAAAUGUAUUUCAGCCCAGUUACUUGAAAAACAAUUUAGUUUCUCAGAAACAAUUUAAACAAAAAUGUGAUAUAUAGGUUAAUAAUUUACAUAAAUGAAAUAAAUUCUUAGAAUAAAAAAUUUGGAAUGUCAAAAGUUCGGCGCGCAGUCAGAGGAUUUCGUUUCAAGUGUGGAGCCACAUGCCGCCGAUUUUUUUCGAUUUACAAUCUCGUUACAUUUGUGAUAAUAGGCAUUGUUCUUUACUUUGUAACGAUUCAGGAAUUCGAAUCAAGUCAAGAGGACACUGCUCCGAAACUUGACCAAUUUCAGGCAGCAAGAUUUACAAAAUCUGUUGUGAAAACGACGCUUAAACAGAAAACUGUGAGCAAGCGUCAGGUAACGAGAGAGCAACAGAUUCUCUCUCAGAUCCAAGCGGAUGCCAUAAGUUAUGCUGAAAAAAUAAAAAGUGAUGAAGUGGUCGAAGAAAAUAAUAAUGAACUUUCAAUAAAACCACCAAAACCCUUGCCAGUCAUCAAGAUUCGAUAUCAUGGUAAGCAUCCAAAGCUGAAAUUAAGCUCAAGGGCGGUGAAGUACAUAACUCCCAAGAAGCUUACCAACAGGGAUGUUUUGAGGGCUCUUGCCCAUCCUAGGUUGUUUCCAACAAGUCAGAAACCCUCCUUUAAUAAUGGUCAAGGCCGUAUAGCUACUAGUCUAAAUGAUUGGAUUCAAGCAAACAGCCCCAUAGAUAAGCACAAGUUCUUAGUUUAUUCAGCCUUUUGGGAUGACAGAUUCGAACAUGAAAACAACGUAAGAAUUUUAGCAAUCAUGGUGACUAAAAAUCCACCAUCCGUAUUUUGUAGGUUGCAAAUGGCAGAUGGCACGAUUAUUGAUGCAAAAGUAGUCAGAAAAGUCAUGAACGAGCACUGGAAGUUGAGAUACUCGUCCUGCUUCUUGUCUUGUGAAGUUCCUAAAAACACAAAUCCACCUUUAAAAGUUUUAGUAUCCUUAAAUCGCAACUUUACUUUCUCCGCAAUGCUGCCGGUUCAUCAGAACAAAGAAAAUAUAGCAUCUCCCAGAGGGGACCUUGCUGUUUGUGUGAAACCUCUACAUUAUUCGUAUGACAGAGCAACAUGGUUGAUGGAAUUCAUCGAAUUCCAUCGUGUUCUAGGUGUAGAACAUUUCUUUUUUUACAAUCACACUGUUGGACCAUCUGUGGACACAUUACUCAGGUACUACAUCAAGCAGAACGUUGUGACUGUUCUACCUUGGAGUCUUCCAAUAAUGUCCCAGAAAGAAAUUAGAACCGAAGCGAUCUUUUCAUCAUUGAAUGAUUGUGUUUUCCGAACAAUGUAUUUAUUCCAUUACGUCAUUCUGUUGGAUUUCGAUGAAUACAUCGUCCCCAGGGAGCACGAGAGUUACUUGGACAUGCUCCAUCAGUUGGAGGAAGACAAUAAACACAUAAGGGGACAGCCAGGCAGCUUUGUCUUCAAGAAUGUCUUCUUCUACCUGUACUGGGAGAACGAUACAACCGUGUACGGAGUAGAACCAGAGAAACCUCCGCAAUGGGUGCCUUACCUCAUCACCCAGUACAAAACGAGGCGACUGUCUUCGGCAAUGAAGAUCGGGAGCCGAUCCAAGUAUAUAGUGGUGCCAGAAAGAAUUGUGGAAGUAGGAAACCACGUUGUAUGGAGACACACCUCAGGCAGCAGAGCUAUCAGCGCACCUGACACGGUAGCACUUCUGCACCACUACCGAAUCUGUGAGUUUGGCGGUUUCAGCUGUCUCAAGAAGGAGAGUGUGGUGGACAAGACGGCCACCCAAUUCGGACCAGAGCUCUUGAAACGCGUCAUGCGCCAGUGUCGUAUUAUAUAUCCUGACUUGGAAGGCCACUGUCCACUCUCGCCACCACUAGGCUCGCCAUGGUGAACUACAAGAAUUGGAUCCAUUCUUUUUUCUUUAUUUUUUAAAUCUCGUACUGUAAAGACUGGAUUUCACCGUCUGCAGAAGGAAAUAAACGAUAUUUUUAUCAUA